UAGACUUUAAUGCACAUGCUUUCGUUCUAAUCACUAAAGAUAUCAACUCUGGCUGAUAAUGCAACACAGCUGGUUUCCCCUUACUUAAGUAUCUUCUUCCACUCACUGAAAACAUAUAGAAAAAUCAUUAUUUAUUCGUGUAUGUAAUAUGGGAUGGAAUACAGAGUAAAGCAAAGCAAAGAAAGUUCUAAUCUGAACUAAAAUGAGAGAUGUGAACAACUUCAAUGAUGAAAUGGCAGAGACGUUUUUGAGCUACGUGAUCAGAAAGCUCGAUGAUUUGCUCACUGAAAAAGUCAGUUUAUUAAGAGGAGUUCAUAGAGAAGUGAACAGCUUGAAAGAUGAGCUUGAAAUCAUUCAAUCUUUCCUCGUCGAUGCAGAGAAAAAGCUAGCCAUAGGAGAAGUGAGUGACGUUACUAAAGUAUGGCUUAAGCAGAUGAGGAAGGUGGCCGAGCACAUUGAAGAUGUUAUAGGCGAAUACCUUUACCAUCUUGCCAAACCUGUUGAUAAUAAUCAUCACAAUGGACUCCUUACUUGGUUUCAGAAAGUGGGUAAUGGUGUUAGAUCUCUCAAACCUCGUUAUGACUUGGCUUCUGAGAUUCGUGACAUUAACGAGUCUUUGAAGAAAAUCAAGGAAAGAGGUAUAAGUUAUGGGUUGAGACCCUUUGAGCAGCAAGGAGGAUCUAGCAGUUGUAGUAUGGCAAGAACUGAAGUUGACCCUCGAUUGGGUUCUCUGUUUGUUGAGGAAGACGAGCUUGUGGGGAUUGAUUCAACUUCCAAAGAGCUCAUAACGUAUUUGGUUAAUGGCUCUUCCAUGCGCUCGGUGAUUUCACUCGUGGGUCAAGGUGGGAUUGGUAAGACCACUCUUGCUAGAAAAGUUUACGGUAAUGAAGCCUUGAGACAACACUUCGAGUGCUUUGCUUGGAUUAGUGUGUCUCAAUCUUACAACUUGGAGAAGGUCUUGACCAUCAUGAGGAAUCAGAUAUGCCCAACGAAAGAUGAGCCACUGGGGACACUUGAAGAGUUGAUGGAGCUUUUGAGGCUGCAAUUGCAGAUAAAGAGGUAUGUGAUUGUAUUUGAUGAUGUAUGGGACAUAGAGUUUUGGGGGAGGAUUAAACAUGUUGUGCCUAGUAAUAAUAAGGGCAGUAGGAUAAUUAUUACAACUCGCAACACUGGUAUUGCUAAUGAUGCUAAAGAUACUCCAUUUGAUCAUGUUCAAGAGCUGAAAACUUGGUCUCUAGACUUGGCUUGGGAAUUGUUUCGCAAAAAAGCAUUUCGGUUUGAGAUUGAGGGAUGUUGCUCACGAGAGUUAGAGCAAUUGUCGUAUGAAAUUUUAAGAAAAUGCCAUGGUUUGCCUCUUGUUAUUGCAACUGUAGCAAGUUUGUUUUCGAAGAAGGAAAAGACCAAGCUAGAAUGGAGAAGAGUGCUUGAUAAUCUCAAUAAUGAGUUUGAAAAAAAUCCUCAUUUUACAAGUGUUUCUAAGAUUCUAUCUUUUAGUUAUGAUGAUCUACCAUACCACCUUAAAUCUUGCUUCUUGUACUUUGGCCUCUUUCCACAAGAUUACUCAGUUUCCGAACAUAAAUUGUGUAAUCUUUGGAUAGCUGAAGAUUUUAUUAAAGCAGGGAGAGACAAGAGUAAAGAACAAGUUGCUGGAGAAUACUUGAAUGAGCUCAUCCAUAGAAACUUGGUUUCAUUUGAGAUUAAAGAUGGAGUUGACAGAGCUUGUAGAGUUCAUGAUUUGAUACAUGAUGUCAUUUUAACAAGAGGGGAAGAAUUGUGUUUCUUCCAAAUAAUCAAUGAGGGGAAGCUAAGGUUCGAAGGAAAGAGUCGUCGUCUGGCAAUCAACAACACAACAAAAGAUGUUCUAACUCUUCUUGGAGAUAAUUCUAAGAUUCGUUCUGUUUUUCUUUUUGACAUUGAUGAACUUGUCGAUUCUUUUGUAGUUAGCUUGUUUAAAAAGUUUAAAUUUUUGAAGGUGUUGGAUUUUGAGGAUGCUCCUCUUUGUAAGCUUCCUAAAGAAGUAGGGAACUUGUUCAACUUGAAGUACAUAAAUUUGAGAGGAACAAAAGUGAAGAUCGUUCCGAAGUCUAUUGGGAAUUUACGAAAUCUAGAGACUUUGAAUCUCUAUAAAUCUUUAGUUGAAGAGCUACCAAUUGAGAUUAAGAAGCUUCAAAAUCUACAACAUCUUGCAGCCAAACCAAUUUUUAAUGUUGAGACUGAUUAUAGAUUGGAUUUGGACCUUGGUGUAAGGAUACAAGAAGGGAUUGGAAGUUUAGAGCAGUUACAAACACUUGUAUCUCUGAGAGCAUAUCCUAGCACAGUUGAUUUAGUGAAAGAGUUGGAAAAGUUAAGGAAAUUGAAAAUUUUGUGCAUUAGGCAAUUAACUGCAGAGAUUGGUAAAACACUUGGAGCAUCGAUUGAGAAUAUGAACAACCUUGUACAAUUAUACUUACAUGGCAUCAAUGAGGAUGAAAUUAUAGAUUUGAGUUUUGUUUCAUCUCCUCCUCCAUUCUUAUGUUAUCUUGUGUUGGCUUGUCGACUACAACAGUUACCGGAUUGGAUUUCAAAGCUUCAAAAUUUACAAGGAUUGAAUUUAAAGUAUUCGAGAUUAACUAAGGAGCCCUUAAAUUGCCUCAAACAGUUGCCCAACUUAGCAUUUCUGGAGAUGUGUGAGGCCUACAAUGGAGAGGAAUUGUGUUUUGAGGAAAAAGGUUUUAAGAAACUCAAGCAUCUUGUAUUGAGAAAGUUAGAAGGGUUAAAGGUGGUGAAGAUAGAGAGAGGAGCAUUGCCUCUGCUUGAGAAGUUAGAGUUUGGGCCAUUCCCACUUAUGAUUGAGAUGCCUUGUGAUAUUCAAUUCCUAACAAACCUGAAAUCUCUUGAAAUCAUGGACAUGUCAAGUGAAUUUGUGGAUGGACUGCAACCAGAAGAAGGCUCUCAUUAUUGGAAAGUUCAACAUGUACCAUAUGUGACCUUUUGGUACAAAAGUAAAAGAGAUCUUUAUGACAUUUACAAGUUGGGUGAAUCAGAUUUGUUGAAGCUACUUCUGCAAGAGAAAGCUAGUUCAGCCAUAGUGCAGCAGUUCACUAAUUUUAUCAAUGUAAAUGAUAGCUAACAUUGCUACACUUUAUUAAUUAUAUCAACAAAUAUUGUCUGCUUCAUCUUUCUCCUAUUUUUUAAUUUUUUAUUUACUCA